ACCGUCGCAAGAUCAUCUAAUAAACAUGAAACUGCUAAUAGUACUUAGCCUCGUGGCCCUGGCUACGGCAGCUCCUCCUCCAUUAACCAACAACCCCACUGGCGAGGUUCAGGUCCUGCGUUUCGAAAACGAUUAUUAUGAUAGCCGAGGCUACAAAUUUGCUUUUGAACAAUCUGAUGGCCAGACACGUCAAGAACAAGGAGAGUUGAGAAAUGAAGGUCGUGAAGACGAGUAUACAGCAGUCAAAGGUUCCUACUCAUGGGUCGGUCCUGAUGGUGUCAAUUACAUUGUCAGAUACAUUGCUGACGAAAACGGUUUCCAGCCUGAAAUUGAAGAAGGUCCCGGUGGUGCCGUACCACCUGCAGUAGUUGCCAGUCUUCUCGGUUAACUUAUGUCAUAAAAAUCAUUACCUAGUCUUCGUUUUAUUUUAUUAAUAUUAUUUGGUUAAAAAAU